UCGAAUAUUACUGCCCAUGUUUUGUGUCACGUGUCAAAAAAUACUUAAAAAAACUAUUACAAGUAAUUAGCAACCCCUGUCCUCGUUUGUUUAAUGCCCUGUAUCCAGAACCUUCACUGAGGCCCUUCCUUUUCCCAACACUGUCUAAUCCUAAUCCCCCCGCCAGACAUCCUCCCUCACCAAUAAUCCCAGACUCUCGCCGUGCCCCACCUCACUUCUUUUUCGUGUAAAAUUACAACUUCCAAUAUGCCACUUCUCUGCUCGUUUCUUCCCUUCUUUCACUGGGUAUAUAUACACACAACCCGAAACCUGUUUGACAACCCACCAGAAUUAGUUAAUCAGUCCAUAGAAAAGCAGAGACAAGAAAGAAAAGUACUAGCCAGGUGUAGCUCAGCACACUGAAGUCCACAUGGAUUCAGAUUCCUGCUUCUUCGAUUACCAUUACCCACAACCUGAUGAGUUCUCCACCGUAAAUUCCUGCGUUUCCGGAGUACAAUUCUCCUGCUGGGAUGACUUGUUGCUCUUCAACGAUUACUCCCUCCCCUUCCACCACCACUCACCCGAUUAUUUCCUGUCUUCCGAUGCUGUAGCCAAGGACUCCUCCUCCUCCUCCGACUCCAACCCCUCCUCCUCUCCCGGAGCACUCUUGGAAUCAGUGCACGAAGUCUCCUCCACUGUUCAAGUCAAAGAAGAAAAAACUGAAGGCGCAUCGCCUGCGCCGCCAGCUGAUCCGAAGAGGGUGUACCGAGGAGUGAGGAGGCGGCCGUGGGGGAAAUUCGCGGCGGAGAUAAGGGACUCCACGAGGAAAGGGGUGAGGGUGUGGAUCGGCACGUUUGAGACGGCGGAGGCCGCGGCUCUGGCGUACGAUCAGGCAGCAUUAUCGACGCGGGGGUCACAGGCAGUGCUGAAUUUCCCGGAGGAAGUGGUGAGGGAAUCGCUGAGGAAGAUGCCGUACAAGACGUGGGAAGACGGUUGCUCUCCGGUGCUGGCCCUCAAGAAAAAGCACACCAUGAGACGAAGGUCCAAUCCCAGGACUCCUGCUGCUGCCAAAACCCGAAUCCAAUCCGGUGAUGACGACGGCGUGUUGGUGCUGGAGGAUUUGGGAGCCGACUAUCUGGACCAGCUCUUGACCUUCACUUCUCUUUGAUCACUUUCCCUUCUUUCUCUCUCUUUAUUUGUUCAUUCCUUUGGAACUUGGCUCUUAAUUUUGUGGCUUUCUUUCUUCAUUGUAAAUGUGCCUUCGUUUUGAGUUCUGUUUUGACCUCCGCA